AUUCUAUAAUUUUUGUUUUUUCUUGUAAUAUACUUUUCCACUCUCUAUUUUCAACGUUUGCCCAACAUUUCUUUACUCUUCAUUCAACAAAUGAAAGCGAGAGUACUUUUGAUGCCACAUUAAAGAACUCCAUAGUCAAAUUGAAGCAAAAGCUUCAUUCUUCCAUCUCCAAGGUCCUUCAAUGGAGAUAAAGCACAGAAAGCUAUUGCCGGAUAACCAAACUUUAACUUGUCUCAGUGAUGGAUGCUACCCGCCCUACGGGGACGGGGACGGGGACUAUUUACCCCCUCUGCCGCCGCCGCCGCCGCCGCCGGCACAGGUGAAAUCAAGCGGAAACGGUAGCGGCAACUCCAGGGAAAUCACCAUCGCCGCCGCAUUAGUGGGCGGCUUCGUCCUCCUCAUCCUCGGCUACUACCUAGUUAUUGUGAAGAACUGUUUCGGGUGGAUCCGGCGAAGAAGGCCCGAAGAGGGGCGGCGGCCGGAAGGGGAAAACCAAGAGUUUCUCGACGAGAACCGCGGCCCGGUCAUCGACCACCCCAUCUGGUAUAUCCGUACAAUCGGCCUUCAACCCUCCGUCAUCAAUACGAUCACGAUUUUCCAGUAUAAACCGGGCGACGACCGGUUGAUCGAAGGAACCGAGUGCUCUGUUUGCUUGAAUGAGUUCCAAGAAGACGAGACUCUCCGGCUGUUACCCAAAUGUAACCACGCUUUCCACAUUCGCUGUAUCGAUACGUGGCUGAGAUCUCACACCAAUUGCCCGCUGUGUCGCGCCCCCAUUGUCUCCAACGCCGCCGCCGCCGCCGCUCCGGUCCGGAAUCCCAAUCCCGCCGCACCGGUCCAAGCUGAGAAUAGAGCCGAAAGCGACGGCGAUCGGGACGAUGGUGAAGCUGGGAAUCGCGAAAACAGAGAGGGAGUUGACGAAGAAGAAGCCCAGGUUCAAGAACCCGACGGCGACGAGACUCAGAAAACGGAAAGAACAGGCAACGGGAAUGACGGUGUUGUUUAUUGGACCAGUACGAGGAGGUCGUUGUCGGUUGGUUCCUCAAUCGCCGCCAACAUCGUUGAUUUGGUCGAGCACGAAGCGUCCCAAAGUAACACCGGAAGGAAUUCAAGAACUCAGAGAACAAUCGGCGGCGGUUCAAUUACAGAGUGUCUGCACAAGAAGCCUGUUUUGAUGAAGAGAUCAUUUUCAUACGCAGGGAGGCCAUUUUUCUCAAGAAAUCAACCAAACACACCGCCGAACUAGCCGCAAAUCUGGGCAGGAUGAAUAUAAUUACCCAGAAAACUCAAUUGGUUACGUUCCUGGUAUAUCGUGGACAAAGAUGAAUGUAAUUGUACAGUGAAUUCAUGGCAUCCAUGCCGCCAUUGCAUUUAUGAUUCAUGGUAAUUAACGAUCAAGAGACGAGGCAUACAUAAAUGUCCUGUUUUGAUUAAGCCUGCAUUGACAUGAGGCAAAAGUUUUGUCAUGUGUGAUAUAGUGCGAGUGAUUGGUGACGAGACACUCGAAAUAUGAUACAUAGAAUUUGGUCUUGUGUUCAUUAAACGGAUAAGGUGGUGCCCGUGAUGUCUGCACUGUAUAUGUAAUUAUGUAUGUUUGUUGAGCAGAUGUCCUUCAUCGUACUUCUUAUCCAAUGUCAAUGUCUCCAAUUUCUUGGAUGAUUUCUAUU